AUGCAGCAACAAGAGAAUAUCACAGAACAUCCUUCUCUUUCCACUCCUUCGAAUUCACUCCAUGAAAAGUCAACCAUCCAAAAUGUCAUUGAAGAACUUCACAAAAUUGAUCCAAAUAAUUGUGAUUAUUCACUUUAUGCCAAUGGUUCUCAUCAUUUGCCAACUGAUUUGAAUACUUCGACGAGUUCUUUGCAAUCUCAUGAUAAUAAUCAUUUGCAUCAGUCCAGUUCUGUGUCCAUUGAGAUGAGAUCGAUGGCUCUGAUGGACAAAUCGAAUAGAAAUGCCAAUUUUGCUGAGGAACAUGAUGUGGCAACUGGUAAUCCAUAUAAUGGUGAGAAGAAACAACCUAGAUCUGCCUCUGGUAUUGGUUCAAAGACUACCACUAAAAGUCAUUCCUCCACAACCAUGCUCAAAAUUAGAACUUGUUUCGGUUCCACGAUUGAAUUGACUCCUGUCAAAUUUUUGAAUUUGAGUUCCCUUAUUGUAAAUUUCCUUGCCUUUAUGGCUCUUCUUAUCCUGAUUGUGGCUUACUAUGUGGUCAACUCGGAAUUACAAACAGCAAUUGGUAGUAUGGAUUUGAACAUUACAUUGUAUAGAGAAAGAAUGGUGGCAGCUUGCAGAUCAUCUGUCUAUACCAAUAACAAUUUGCAACUGACAGCCAAUUAUACUGCAAAAUACGAAACGAGUAAGACCAAGUUCAAUACUGAAAUUACGAAAAUGUUGGCCUAUUUGCCAACUAAUUUGCGAUAUACCUAUACUCAUAAUGUUUCAGUUGCUGAUUUGAGAACUUCCAAGGCCAUUGCUCUUGAAACUCAAAUGUUAGAAUUGGCAAAUAUUGGAAACUAUUCAUAUGCCAUGACGUUAUUAGAAUCUGACGCUUACAAAUAUGACAUUGCAGGAUACAGUGAAGAAUUCCAGCCAACAGUUGACUAUCUGAAUGAAUUGGAAGAUAGUUCUCGAAGCGUUAAUGUAACCAUCACUACAAUUUCACUCAUUGUGGUGUGUGUUUCCAUUUGCAUUGUGUUGCCAUCAGUGAUUGCCUCAAUCAUUGUCUCUAUUCGAAAGGAUGCAAGUAAUACGAAAAAGCUCAAGGCAGCCAACGCCUUCCUCUUGAUGGAUACUAUGAGGGAUAACAAAUUGAGAAAGCUAUUCAGGGACCAUUGUAAACAAGAAUUGAGUUUGGAUAAUUACUUACUAUUGGACAAAAUUACAGAUUACAAAAUCCUGUGUGAAAAGUCCUUUGAAAUUCAAGUAUUCCUCUAUGAUGACAUGAGUCCAAAUUCUCAUUCUGAUUCUCUCUCCGAUUCAGGUAGCUCUGCAACUGCCAACUCCUCCAACUUGGACCAUCAACACAAAAAGAAGAAGAAGAAGGGCUACACUGAGAAGGAUCUCCAUGAAAUUGAAAAGAAAAAGUACGAAAUUGCCUUUGAAAUUUACACUGAUUUCCUCGAUAUCAAUGGAGACAAAUCAGUGAAUAUUAAUAAGAGUGCUGCAGAUAGAGUUAAGGAACAAUUGGAUUACUUUGCAAGUGGUGAGAAUGAACAUUUGACUGAUACUCUGUUUGAUAAUGUGGAAAGUGAAAUAUGUGUCUUGAUGUUGGAUACUCAUCAUCGAUUCAAGCAAACUGUGGAAUUUCAGAAACAAACUCAAAAGCAACAUGUUAAGAAGAAUAAGGUCAAGUUUGAGAGUAAUAAGGUGAAGAAUUUGAGAAGUGAUUUGAAUCUGGAUUCACUUAAAAUUCCGACCAAAUAA